CAGGAGUGUUCUUUGGUGGGUGUGGAUCUGCAAUAAUGUUAACGUUGGUGGGGAUACUCCACUAUUGUCCAUGUCGUUCCAAGAUGCGAUACAUCACAUCUUCAACUCCUCCACCUCCACCUUCAUGCCUCCACAACACGACACUUUCAGUACUCGAUUGUCUCGCACCCCAACUCUAGCAACGGCUGGAAUAGGUCUCACUAACAAUGUCUUGGUUGUUAUUUGUGUUUUUAUUUAUCGGCGUGGGAGGGCAUGUAGCGGUGUCACGGCGUCGCUGGAAUGUAACUAUCCCGGGGUCCAACCGCCUUGCGUUACGACAUCGCCUCUUAGCUGCAGUGGCGGAUGUAUUGCGUCCUCUUCCGCUGCUCGAAUGGCGUCCGGCUCCUUUGAGUUGGCAAUGCCUUCAAGGACUCGCUGCAGCAGAAGUCAUGUCCGUCAUCGAGUAGAAUCCAUACGCCAGUGUUUGAGAGCGUUGCUCAACAGACGCCGUUCUCUCGCAGCCGGCACCAAAGGCACUUGACAAGACCGCCAUCCCUUGCCUAUGUCUGCUCGCCUGCUCGCUUCGAGGGUUCAGAAAGCCAGGCGAAACCUUUUCCUUACUAUGGCAGCUCGCUAUUGGGUAACGUUGAGUGUACGACCCCAAAUCGAGUGUAUACACUCGAGUCCGCGGGCCAUAGAGAACACCACCUUGGCAGAUCAAGUACACACCACAAUCCCAACGCUGCGGUUCCAAGUAACUCUGCA